UACACAUCUGUGGGAGUGCAUUUAUCCACCCGGCUCUACAUACCGGCGGUCUCGCUCACCGGCCAUGCCGCAGUUAGGCCCCCUUCAAGCGCUCAAGGGCCCCCCAUCAGACGAUGUUUGGGGGUGAGAGAGUAGCACAAGACCUACUCCAGGACAUUAGCGCCCUGCUUGGAGCUACUUCGCCAACACUAAGCGCUGCGUUUGGAUCCGCUGCUCUGACACUGGGAUCUGCCCAACUGUCACUUUUCCCGAGCCCCGGAUCUGCCACUGCCCCAGAGCACAACAAGGAGUGAAUAUUCCCCGCAGCAGCCGCUCAGCAUCAUGUGGGCUCCGACCGAGGAGGAGAAAUACGGAGUGGUGAUAUGUAGCUUCCGUGGAUCUGUACCCCAGGGCUUGACUCUGGAACUGGGGGAGACCGUUCAAAUCCUGGAGAAAUGUGAAGGCUGGUACAGAGGAGCUUCCUUUAGGAAUCCAAGCAUAAAGGGAAUCUUUCCAACAAACAUCAUACAUUUGAAGAAGGCUACAGUAAGCAACAGAGGGCAAUAUGAGACAGUGGUUCCUGCUGAAGAACCCCUUGUUACAGAGGUGACAUCUACGCUGCAGGAAUGGGCCUCCCUGUGGAAGCAGCUCUAUGUGAAGCACAAAGUAGACCUAUUUUACAAGCUGCGCCAUGUGAUGAACGAGAUCAUUGACCUGCGCAGACAGCUGCUAUCAGGUCAUCUCACGCAGGAUCAGGUACGAGAGGUCAAGAGACACCUGACAGUGCGCCUGGACUGGGGAAAUGAGCAUCUGGGCUUGGACUUAGUGCCCCGAAAAGAAUUUGUGGCUGUAGAUUCUGAUCAGAUUAGUGUCUCCGACCUGUACAAGAUGCAUCUGUCAAGUCGGCACAGUGUUCAACAAAGUACAAACCAGGCAGACACCCUGCGGCAACGACACAAGGAGUCACGAGCUCCUGUUCCUCACCACCUGCUACUCAAUCUGAAGAGUUUCACACACACUAACAUAGGGGAAGAUGUGGACCUUUUCUUCUCACUGUAUGACAUGAGGGAGGCGCGUCAGAUCAGCGAGAGGUUUAUGGUACGUCUGAACAAGAAUGGAGGUCCAAAGAACCCGGAGAAGCUGGAGAGACUCUGUGCACUAUUUACAGAUUUGAGCAGUAAGGAUGUAAAGAGAGACCUGCAUCUUGUGGUUCAUGUCAUCCGUAUAGGGCGCAUGUUAAUGAAUGACUCACGGAAAGGACCUCCUCAUGUGCACUAUCGGCGUCCAUAUGGUUGUGCAGUAUUGAGCCUCGGGGAAGUACUGCCAGUCCUAUGCGAACAUCGAGAGGAGAAGGAUUUUGUCCUGAAGGUGUAUAUGUGUAAUAAUGAGAACGAGUGGUACCAGAUUCAUGAGAACAUCAUCCGAAAGACCAGCACCAAGUACUCCACACCCAGUUCCAACUAUGGGCUGAUGGUAUCCUUGCAACUUCUGAGAGGGGACAUGGAGCAGAUCCGCAGGGAGAACCAAGUGCUGUUUAACAGGGGAGCAGCUAUGACUCGCAAACUGGGGUUCCCUGAUGUUAUUCUGCCAGGUGACAUCCGCAACGAUCUCUAUGUGACGUUGGAAAGAGGUGACUUUGAAAGAGGAGGAAAGAGUGUGCAGAAGAACAUUGAGGUCACCAUGCAUGUUCUCUACGCAGAUGGAGAAAACUUAAGGGACUGUGUUAGCCUUGGGACUGGAGAACCUCCAAGAACUCAGUACCAUUCCUUCGUUCUCUACCACAAUAACAGCCCCCGCUGGGGAGAGCUUAUUAAACUGCCAAUCCCCAUUGACAGGUUUCGAGGGUCCCACCUCCGCUUCGAGUUCAGACACUGCUCCACAAAGGAUAAAGGCGAGAAGAAGCUCUUUGGAUUUUCUUUCACUCCUUUGAUGAGAGAUGACGGGACCACACUGUCAGAUAACAUCCAUGAACUCUAUGUCUAUAAGUGUGAUGAGAACAGCACCUUCAACAACCAUGCUUUGUACCUGGGGCUUCCCUGCUGCAAGGACGACAUGAGUGGCUGCCCCAACAUCCCUUCAAGCCUGAUUUUUCAGCGCAGUCCCAAAGAGACUUUCUGUAUCUCCACACAGCUUUCUUCUACCAAGCUCACUCAGAAUGUUGAUCUUCUCGCUCUCCUGAAGUGGAAGGCUUACCCCGAUCGAAUACUAGAUAUUCUUGGUCGGCUGCGGCACGUGAAUGGAGAGGAGAUAGUAAAGUUCUUGCAGGACAUACUGGACACGUUAUUUGUUAUUCUGGAUGAGAACACAGAGAAGUACGGGCUGCUGGUCUUUCAGUCACUGGUUUUUAUCAUCAACCUACUGCGUGACAGUAAAUAUUAUCACUUCCGCCCUGUGUUAGACUCGUACAUCCAGAAGCAUUUUGCUGGUGCUUUGGCCUAUAGGGAGUUGAUCCGGUGUUUGAAGUGGUACAUGGACCGUUCAGCUGACCUUGUGAGACAAGACCACAUCCAGGAAGCUAUGAGGGCUUUGGAGAUUCUCUUCAAGUUCAUCGUCCAGUCACGGCUGCUGUUCGCUCGCUCCACGGCUGGAUUGGAUGAGGAACAGUUUCGCUGCAGUAUUCAUGAACUUUUCCAAUCCAUGCGCUUUGUACUGAGCCUUGACACACGGAGCUCUGACACUCUGCUCUUUACACAGCCUCCUGCAUCUGGAGGACAGGUGAGCGGAACAGGGGAUUCUGCUACUCAAAACAAUGGGGGUUCAGCAAAGCCACCUGCAGACAGCUAUGCCGCUCUCCUCAGCUCCUUCCCUGCUAUAUUUGAGGAAUUGCUGCCAAUGUUUUCUGUCGCUGAAGUGGCAGAGUUUGUACGUGGCACCCUCAGUAGUCUUCCCAGCACCCUCCACCUGGGCCAGUCAAUGGAUGUGGUGAAGCUGCAGUCUAUAGGCCGCACCGUGGAUUGCAGGCUCUUCUCUUAUCCAGAGGCCCGUCGGAUCCUUCUACCUGUGGUUCUUCAUCAUAUUCACUUGCAUUUGCGGCAGCAGAAGGAGCUCCUUGUCUGCUCUGGAAUCCUCAGCAGCAUUUUCUCCAUCAUAAAGAGCAGUUCCACGGAAGUGGAUGUGGGAGAAGAAGUUCAGAUGCUGCAGGAGAGUCUGCUGGAUGUGCUGCUUCAGACACUUCUUAUCAUCAUGAGCAAAUCUCAGGCCCAGGAAGCUACAAGAGGCCAGCGAUGCCCCCAGUGUACAGCUGAGAUCACAGGGGAGUAUGUGUCCUGCCUCCUAUCUCUUCUGCGGCUGAUGUCUGAUACUCAUUACCAACAUCUACUGCACAACUUUCAGAGCAAGGAGGAGCUAAAGGAAUUUCUGCUGAAGAUUUUCUGUGUCUUUCGGAAUUUGCUGAAGUUGAGUGUCUUUCCCCCAGACUGGACAGUCAUGAGACUCCUCGCCAGCAAUGUAAUAGUAACAACCGUUCAAUAUGUGUCCCCAGCUGUGCACAAGAACUUCUGCGAUGGAGAUUUUGACUUUAAGGUUUGGAACUCCUACUUCAGCCUUGCUGUCCUUUUCAUUAACCAGCCCAGCCUCCAGCUAGAGAACUUUGCUGCUGCAAAGAGAAGGCGGAUACUGGACAAGUAUGGAGAUAUGCGAGUGAUGAUGACUUACGAACUAUUCAACAUGUGGCAAAACUUAGGGGAACACAAGUAUCACUUUAUCCCAGGGAUGAUUGGCCCUUUCCUUGGGGUGUCUCUCGUGCCACAGCCCGAGGUGCGGAAUAUAAUGAUCCCCAUCUUUCAUGACAUGAUGGACUGUGAGCAAAGGCGUAAUGGGAACUUCAAACAGGUAGAGGCUGAGCUUAUUGACAAACUGGAUAACCUUGUGUCUGAAGGAAAAGGGGAUGAAAACUAUCGGGAGCUCUUCGGUCUUCUCUCUCAGCUGUUUGGUCCCUACCCCAGCCUUCUGGAGAAGAUUGAACAAGAGACAUGGAGAGAGCCAGGUGCCUCGUUUGUUACGUCGGUAACGCGUUUGAUGGAAAGGCUGCUUGACUACAGAGAUUGUAUGAAAAGCGAAGAGCCUGAAAAUAAGAAAUUGGGAUGCACAGUGAAUCUAAUGAAUUUCUAUAAAUCAGAAAUAAAUAAAGAAGAAAUGUUCAUCAGAUACAUCCAUAAGCUCUGCGACUUGCACCUUCAGGCAGAGAGCUACACAGAGGCAGCAUUCACCCUGCUUCUCUACUGGGAACUGCUGCAAUGGGAAGAACGCCCCCUAAGGGAGUUUCUCCAUUACCCUGCUCAGAGUGAGUGGCAGCGGAAAGAAGGUCUGAGCCGCAAAAUCCUCCAUUACUUCAAUAAGGGCAAGUGCUGGGAGUUCGGGGUUCCUCUUUGCAGAGAACUUGCUGCUCAGUAUGAGAAACUGUAUGAUUACCAAAGCCUGAGCUGGAUCCUGAAAAUGGAGGCCUCCUAUUAUGAUCACAUUAUGGACCAACAGCGGCUGGAACCUGAGUUUUUCCGAGUAGGAUUUUAUGGAAAGAAGUUUCCUUUCUUCCUGAGGAACAAGGAAUUUGUGUGCAGGGGGCAUGACUACGAGCGUCUGGAGGCGUUCCAGCAAAGAAUGCUCAGCGAGUUCCCUCAGGCUAUUGCAAUGCAACAUCUUAACCAUCCCGAUGACACCAUUCUACAGAGUGACGCUCAGUACCUGCAGAUUUAUGCAGUGACUCCUCUCCCGGACGCCCCACAUAUUUUGCAAAUGGAUCAGGUUCCAGAGAGAAUCAAGAGCUUCUAUCGAGUGAACAAUGUACGAAGGUUUCGAUACGACCGACCAUUUCACAGAGGAACACGGGACAAAGACAACGAGUUUAAGAGUCUAUGGAUAGAGCGCAGCACUCUUACACUUUCUCACAGUCUUCCCGGCAUCUCGUGUUGGUUCGAAGUACAGAAGAGAGAGCUGGUGGAAGUCAGCCCGCUUGAGAAUGCUCUGCAGGUUCUAGGCAACAAGACUCAAGAGCUCCGAGCCCUUAUCACCCAGUAUCAGCACCAUAACCUACAUGGCAACAUCAACUUGCUCAGCAUGUGUCUAAAUGGAGUCAUAGACGCUGCUGUGAAUGGGGGAAUCACCCGCUACCAGGAGGCCUUCUUUGAUAAAGAGUACAUCACGCAGCACCCUGAGGAUGCAGAGAAGAUCAGUCAGCUGAAGGAACUGAUGCAGGAGCAGGUACAUGUUCUUGGUGUGGGGCUGGCUGUACAUGAGAGAUGUGUACACCCUGAGAUGCGUCCCCUCCAUAAAAAGCUGGUGGAUCAGUUCCAGGUUAUGCGCUCCAGUCUCUACCAGGAGUUUCCUACACUGGAGAAGAUGAACAUCUCUUGCCCUCCCCUUUCUCGUAGUAACAUCUUGUUAGCACAUGGAACUAUGAGUGCCGACAGUGUGCGACUGUUACACAGACAUAGUCCUCUAGUAGUUCUGAAUUCUGUGCGACAUUCCUCCUCCUCUCUCUCGUCACACGCAUCCAGUGAUACGGGGACAACACCCACAGCUGGGGACAGUGAGAACGAGGACCCCUACUCCUUGCAGAUGCUGCUCCCGCACUCUCUACAUGCUGGCUCUAUCACUAAUGUUUCCGCAUUAUCUUCAUCCUACACAAGCCCCUCUUCCUCUAGCCUCAGUUCCACUCACUCUGCGCCAUCGCAGCUUGUUAAUUCAGCACCUUCCAGCACUCGAGGAUCACCCUCUCUCCCAGAUAAAUACCGCCACUCACGAGAUCUGGUGAUGCUGCUACCAGCACCAAGGGACCGACCCAGCAGUGCCAUGUACCAGACCAGCACAGACAAUGGCCAGCGCUGCAUGUACCCUCGUGCAUUGUUCCAGCAGGUCCUGGGCCCCUGUAAGCCGUGCAGUGACCCCAACCUGUCUGUAGCUGAAAAAGUGCUUGCAGCCCCCAGCAGCUGGAGUCUUGACAGUGGGACAAGAGAAUCUCUUCCUUUCAUGACAUCUCACAUUGGGAGUGUCCUCACCCCCACCGGAACCACCAGGGGCCUGACACAAGGUCAUUACUCUCUGCACUUUGAUGCUUUCCAUCCUGCCAUGGGGGAAGGUGCUCCAUCUCUGCCCACGAGGUCCCUCCGUAAGAGUCCUCUUCACACUAUCCCUGCCUCUCCCACCAGCCCUCAGUCAUGCCUCAAUGGCAGUAAUUCUCCACUCUCAGGCAGCGCAAGCAGUGGAGUCUCUUCCCUGAGUGAAGGAAAUCUUUCUGGGUGCCCAGACCCAGCUACAACUACAGACCCCAGGACAGAAGAAGAUCACACUGGAGGCUUCCAACACUAUCCUCCAGUGCGGUACAGUCUGUCAGACCCCAAUGGCUUGGAGCCACCUAAAUUCCAGGCAUGCAGAAGUCAUUCAGCCCCAAGCGGGGUCACUCCACCUCGGUCACCCAGUGGGGAGCAUGAAGAGGGAGGAGCUGAUCUGGAACGGACACGAAGACAUCGAAGAAACUGCACAGGGGAAAAAGAGCAACCAGCAAGGGUGGGGUGGGAGCACAACAUAAGCAAACAGUAGCAAGGGCAGCUUGUAUGGAGCAGGAGGAGUAAAUGAGGAGUAUGUUUGGGAUGGCUUUGUGAGGAGAAAGCAUUUCUGAAACCUGUAGGUUAGAAAGAGGUAUGAGGAUUUGUUGAAUGGGCGAGGAGUUAUAGUAGAGAGUGAAAGGGACUGGUCAGACCUGUGUGGAAGGAAAAGGUGUGGGGGGUACGUUUCUGAGACUGGUAUGUUGGGAAGAGGUGAGAGGUAUGGAUUUCUGAGAACUGUUUGCUGUGGGUGUGUGUUUUGAUGAUCUGUGUAUUUGGCAAAGUAAAGGGGGGUACAUGAUUCUGAGAUCUGUGCAUUAUGAAGAGGCAAGGGGUACAUGUAUGGUGGAGAGAGAGAGGGGGAGAGAGAGGAAAGAUGAGAGCGGGUGUAUCUUAGGCUUAUGGUGUACAGCACAUAUUGACCAAUAACAGCCAUCUCACUGAGAUCAUUGGCAGUAAAAAUAUCCUUGCCCACCCAAAACUUCUUCCCAAUCCAAUGUUUAGAAAAUGAUUUGCCUAUGACUGAUGCUGGCAUUGCCAAGUUCAUUAUCAUUUGGUGUCCCUAAGGGGCUCUGCUUGGCAAUGCCGAAGCGUCUGCAAGUGGGCAAGGGACAGUGACAUUCUCCCUGAGAGGAAAGUGAUGGUCAAAUUGCUCUGUGUUUCAAAUGUCUUAUUUAUGAGGGUGUGAAUGGAAUAGCAGUAAUAGUAUCAACUUAAUUUAUCCCACCUUGAAGAAAUUGCUUCUCCUCCUGCCUAUGAUUUCAGGACACUGGUUAUACGUGCUGUUUCCAGCCUCCUUACUGUUGGACUUGACAAAUUUCAGCCUGUCCAUCCUGUCACCCCGGGGUUUUAUCCCUUGAUGUCUGUGAGGGUCCAGAGAAAAUGUAAAGCUCCAUCAGCCACCGUCACCAUCAGACGGUAAUGAGCAACCUCUAGUAACGUGUGUUCAUAUUAUCAGCCCUCCAGCGGUGCAGUGUUGUGUCCCUGAAAAUCAGCUUCCCGCAGGGUGUGUGUUUGUAUAUACAGUGUCCGCAUGUUCCUCGCACACUCUGUGCCGUCCGGUUUAUGUGUAAAUACGAUUCACUGUUUCUGUUGUUGUUUUUUUUUCCUUCAGAUGGUUGUUAUAUGAAAAUAAAGUUUACUGCACUGGA